AUGGCCACAACCAUCGUUCAGCUGCCGCCUGCGUUUGUAGGUGAGCAGGCUGUGUAUGGGCUCGACUAUCGCGGAGGCCUCGCGCCUCCAGCGGAUCACUGGGCCAAGACUGCCCACCCCAUGGCCCCUUGGCCCCCUGGGCCACUCCAGCAGUUCCAGCAGUGGCCACUCCAGCAGUGGUGCUGGGCACCAGCUUCCCCAGCGCCCCCACCCAUCAUGAGCUAUGCCGUUGGGCAGGGGCUGUGCUACCAGCCUGCCCCGGCAACCGCUUGGAUACCUUUGAACCAGGCACCAUAUGAACCCGUGCCUCCACAAAUGUUCUUUCACAUGCCAUGCCCUCAAUACCAGCCGGCAACUCCUGCAUGGACUCCCGCUCCCCAAGCAGCGAUGCCAAUACCUCCGCCACCACCGCCAGCGCACUUCCCACCACCACUCCCUCCCACGCAAGCGCCUUUGCAGGCACCCGAAGCACCGCCCACGGCACAUCCAGCAUCCUACAAGGAGCAAAACACACAGAAGCCCCGCUGGGCAGACCUGUCGGAGGAGCCCCCAAAGUGGGAUAUCACAGAUGUCGCGACCUCGUCCCAGGAGCCCCUUCCCACGCUGCUUCCCCGCCCUCCACAUGGCCUGCAAGGGAAGGGGCGAGGGAAAGGAGGCAAAGGGCAUGCCAAAGGAAAGGGGACGAGAAAGUGGCGCCAGUAA